AUGGAGGGUGGGACCGGCCCCGGCGACGCUGUCCCUGCGGACACGAGAGCCUCAGCACACCUCACAGCUCCAUCCAGGACCUUCUGGAUCAUCUUGUCCCUUGCCUUGUUUUUUGCAGUUGUUGGCAUCAGCGUCGUGGGGGUUCUCAGCUUCUCCCCCAGCUCUGCCCAGGCCGGCUCUCAGCUCAUCCGGCUAACGCUCCAGGGCCAGCAGGACCCGCUGAGGAACCAGACAGCCUUGGUGGACAAGUCCAGGAGCACCGUGACCUACUACAUAACCUCUCAGAGUAACCACAGCGCCGUGGUGCUGUACGACAGCAGGAACGGCUACGUGUGCUACAAGCCGGUGGAGCAGAGCACGUGCUACCUGAGGAGGAUGGACACCUGGGACCUGCAGACCCUACAGACGACUCUCAACACAUCUGAGCAGGGG